GCAAAUGUCGACGCUGUGGAAACAAAGUCAGCGGAGUCGCGCGUGAGGAAUAAUGGACGUAGUGGCACCUAUGUGGAUGGACGUCGUAGCGGUGCGAGUAACAAUGUGGAUGGCAAUAAAAAUGGUAACAGCAACGCUAAUGAGAAUGGAAAUGGAAGUGGUAAGGCAAAUGGAAAUGGUAAAGGCAAGGGCAAUCGAAGUGGCAAUAGUGGCAGUAAAAAUGGCGACGCGGAUAACAACAGCGAACGCUCCCCGUCUACACGUAGUGGAUACGCUUAUCAAAAAGAGUCUAGUGAACGUGCGCGCGAUUUUAAACGUGGCCAACAACGCUAUCGCGAGGAAACAAAGCCAAAAAUUAGCUCGGCAGAGUCCAGAGAUGUGAGCAUUGAGAGUCGCGAGUUCACCAAAAAACCCUCACUGCUUGAGAAGCCAUUGCGGCAAGUCACUCCGGUGGAGGGUCGCGCCAAAUCACGCGCUGGCACUUCAAUCAAAGCUGAAUCAGACACAGACUCGAAUGAACCAAAACAGUCGACACGCUUUGCGGAAGCACGUUUACAAAGCACCACGCCAUACCACUCAGCGGGAACAUAUUCGACGGCACGUCGAUUGGAUACAACUCGUAGCACACCUUUCUACACGCCAACAGUGCCAACUGUGGCUAAGUCGAAGACCACCGAAGGUAAAGGAUUUUACAUCAAGGGUUCACCCGUUGCUGGUUCGAACAUUGUAGCCUCCACACCGAAUCCAAAUCGAUAUAAGUCCGGCACCGAUUCAUCGGCUACUACUAAGCGAAGACAAAGCACACAAGACACCACCACAACUUCAACGCCUAUCACAACGCUUCGUCCGCUUAUAAUUGGCAUGCGGAGUAAUCUGGGUUCAUCAGAUGAAAAAGACAAAGCUUCGGUUUCGUCAAAGAGCUCAAUCGAGGCGGAAUUGCCAGUGCAGCGCUCAAGAAAGCGUCCCGACUCAGUAGACCUUAUUACAACCUCAACAACGGCGGCGCCCACUGGACCCACAUACUUGCCGCGCAAUUCUGGCCGUCCGAUAGCUACGCAAAAUGCGGGUGGUGACGAUUUCCUUUCUGCACCCCAAACAAUCGCAAAUGACAAUGAUGCGGUCACACGCAAUGUCCAGGAAAUGAUCAAAACUAUUAAUAUGCUGAAAACGAAGUUCGAUGAUGCUGACCAAUCGAAAUUCCAAGGACAAGCACGCGAAGGUUUGGACAUACCGCCAUCCUCGGGACCUGAUGCAUUAGUCUCACUGGCCAAGUACUUCGCAGGUGAACAGAAUGCAGCAUCAAGCAACGCGGUGAGCACAUCAGCUGAGAAAAAGGCAGCCCCAGGUAAUGUCGCAAACGUGGAUGGCACAACAAAUGCCUCAGCUCAAACCAUUGGUGGAAUCGAAAAAGCAGCUGACACGACAACCGCAGCCACCCCAGUUGCAAGCACGAAAUCGGGUGAUAUAUUCGCCAGUCUACUAAGCGAACGUACUGUCAAUCAGUACUCGAAUCUUUUCGGCUUGCAGGGUGCCGAAGAUAGGCAUGGAACAGACGCCAGCCAUGGCGGUAAGAACUCUGCUAGCGGUGCGAAUGAUAAAUUCACAUUAUUCCCACAAAUAGGUACCACCGGUGCAACCAUUCGUGACCUAACAGAUGAGCCUGAUUCACGUAAAAUCGCACAUGUCUUUUCGGAAGCCAUCUCCAGCUACUUGGAAGACCCCAAAACAUUCCGUGCACAACUGGAAUCAGUGAGGCCAACCGAGCCUACAGUGGUUAGCGGCAAGCCAAAUUUUGAGCCCAUCACCAGCACCGAUAGAUCACUUUUCCACUCCGGCACCGCGGCCACCUAUCUGCCGACGCAGCCGCCAUCAGUUACCGAAACUCCGGCCACAGCUUCAAGCAUCGCCGCCGAAAUUAACAGCAAUUUCGAUUUUUCCACGACUUCGAAUGAUUUCUUCAGCACCACCGAUGCGCCCGAUACGACCACAUACCGUCCGCGCUCGGGUGAUGCGCGCGGCCAAAAAUUAAGGCAACAAUUUUCAGCCGACUUGGCGCCACCUUUUGGUGACUCGAGCGAACAUGACGAAUUCCUUCACAGCGAACAGACGCAGUCAUUCGUUAUGCAGCGCAAUAAUUUGAAGCUAAACAAUGGCAAACUCAACUCCGCCUUUGUCGAGACGGAACAUAGGCCAACUGAAAAUCCUUGGAAUCACAUCUCGCAGACCGACUUCCUCGAUCCGCUCACAAUCAAUGACGGGCUCAUGAAGGAAGCACGCACCACCACCACCACCGAUAGUUCAUUACGUUUCGGCAACAGGGAAACCACAACACUAGUCCCACCCACAACGCUGCGCGGCCACCUAAGUGCACUUGCAUCUGACGUACAACGCACAACACUGCGCAGCAGCGAACCAUACACCCGCUUGGGUUCCGCAGAAGAGACGACACGCCAUCCAACUGCCACGCAGCAAUCGGCCGAAUUCGAUUCAUGGCAAGAACUCUUCCACACAUACAAUCUGCCGCAGGAUUCAUUGCCCUCCAGUAGCGGUUUGCAACGGAUCGCCAACAAACUCUUCGGUGGCCUCAACGAAUCGGAGGCAUUGCACCUAAAGAAUGUGAUGCAACAGGCGGAACAUAACCGGCAGGUGCUUAGCCUGCUGCUGCUACUCAUACAGACGUGCGACGAUCAGAAUGGCAGAGCAUUGGAACGUUCACGCAAACAUUUGUUGAACGCGCUCAUCGAUAUGGACGGCAAAUUGUCGUCUGCCAAUGAGAAGGGUAAAACAGCACACAUCAAGGGUGACAAGACAGCGCCUGCGGUAACGUCGGCAGCGUCAGUCGCGUCAGCAGCCGCAUCGGCACCAUCACCACAUUCGGUGUUAACAACUACUACACGCACAGCGGAGACCACACUGCGGCAAACGGCCACAACAAAUACGCCGGUUGCCGCCAUCAGCACGACCACAGGAGGUGCUGCGUGGACGACGACGACAACAACAGCGCCGUCAGCCGUCACACAGUCAAACGGCAGCGCAGAGGAGACGACGAAGUUCGAGAUUCGCGUCGAGGAUCCGGAGGAGAGCACAGCCAGCAUAGCUGCGUCUAGCAACGGGGGCGGCGGCAGCGGCGGUAGUAGCACCAGCUCGAAUUCGGAUGAACGCGCCCUGGAGCUGCUCAAGUCAUUAUACUCAUUGGCCUCGAAAUUCACUAGCAGACGAUAAAGCAGGCGAGAAGGGGAGUAGUGCAUACAUAGUUGGUUGAAGCAUGGCUGCUGCACACUGCCACGGUGGGAAUUGAGGUCUGUCGCCAAUUGUCAGUCGCGUUUGAUGUCUACUCGCCGAACGAAUACUUCGCAAUAACUGCUGAAUCAAGCGAAAUACUCGUACUUUUUACUUUCA